AUGGGCCCUGGAAACAUGACCCAGGUCACUGAGUUCAUCCUCUUAGGAAUCUCAGACCGCCCUGAGCUGCAGGUCCCCCUCUUCCUUGUCUUCCUGGGCAUCUAUGUGGUGACUGUGGUGGGGAACCUGGGCAUCAUCACCCUCACCAGUGUGGACCCCCAACUGCAGACCCCCAUGUACUUCUUCCUCCGACAUCUGGCUGUCAUCAACUUCAGCAACUCCACCAUCAUCGCCCCGAAAAUGCUGAGCAACUUCUUAGCACAGAAGAAAACCAUCUCCUACUAUGCCUGUGCCACCCAGCUGGCUGGAUUCCUGGUUUUCAUUGUGGCCGAGGCCUUCAUGCUGGCCGUGAUGGCCUACGACCGCUACGUGGCCAUCUGCAACCCCCUGCUCUACAUGGUGGUGGUGUCUCGGUGGGUCUGCCUGCUGCUGGUGUCCCUCACCUACCUCUAUGGCCUUUUCACGUCCAUUGUGUUUACACUUUGUGUGUUCUCCCUGUCUUUUUGUUCUUCCAAUAUCAUCAAUCAUUUUUACUGUGAUAUUACACCUCUCAUCACAUUAUCCUGCUCUGAUACUUAUGUUACAGAAAUACUGGUCUUUCUCUCUGCAGGGACAAAUUUAAUCUCUUCUGUGACUAUAGUUGUAGUUUCCUAUUUCAACAUAGUCCUGUCUAUUCUGAGGAUGCAAUCCUCAGAAGGGAGGAAGAAAGCCUUUUCUACAUGUGGGUCGCAUAUGAUGGCUGUCACAGUUUUCUACGGGACAUUGCUGUUCAUGUAUUUACAGCCCGGGGCCAACCACUCCCUGGACACUGAUAAAAUGGCUUCUGUGUUUUACACCCUGGUGAUCCCCAUGCUGAACCCCAUGAUCUACAGCCUGCGCAACAAGGACGUGAAGGCUGCCUUAAAGAGCUUCGUGACAAAGCCAUGCAAGACUUUCAAGCUGAUGUAA